GGCGGAAGGGGCGGUGCGCGCGGGCUAUGGCGGGCCGGCGUGGCGCCCUGAUCGUGUUGGAGGGGGUGGACCGCGCCGGGAAGAGCACGCAGGGCAGGCGGCUGGUGGAGGCUCUGCGGGCUGCCGGCCACCGCGCCGACCUUCUCCGCUUCCCGGAGAGAACAACGGAGAUCGGGCAGCUGAUCAGCUCCUACCUGCUGAAGGAGAAGAACCUGGAGGACCACACUGUUCACCUCCUUUUCUCUGCUAACCGCUGGGAACAUGUGCCAUUGAUGAAAGAGAAACUACAUCAAGGGAUCACACUUGUGGUUGACAGAUACGCCUUUUCUGGAGCGGCCUUCACAAGUGCCAAAGAGAACUUCUGCCUGGACUGGUGCAAACAGCCUGAUGUUGGACUCCCAAAGCCAGAUCUGAUUCUGUUUCUUCACUUGAGCCCUGAAGCCGCAGCGGAGCGAGGGAACUUUGGAAAUGAGCGUUACGAGAACAGCCCCUUCCAAGAGAAGGUUCUACAGUCCUUCUAUCAUCUGAUGAGGGACAAGACAUUAAACUGGAAGACAAUGGAUGCUUCAAAGAGCAUAGAAGAUUUGCACAGAGAAAUCAAGUCCAUUGCAGAGGAGACCCUGCAGGAGGCUCAGAAUAAACCUUUGGGAGAACUCUGGAAAUAGAACUUUAUACAGGUUAUUCUUUCAGAUCUAUUCUCUUAGAUCUUCCUCACUUGGAUGACUCCCCUACAUCACCUCCCAGUAGCUACAGCUUAGAUCCCAUGUAUUCUUCUGGGUCCAGCGCAGUGCUGAUGUCCUUGUAAUUUUAUCUGCUCCUCCUCCAUCUUGCGUAGACCCUUCUGUAUUUUAUCAAUCAACCAACACACGAUGAGCACGUAACGAAUUCCUUGUAACAGGAGCUCUUGUUAUAGCUCCAUCCUGUAGUGCAGGUGCGGGUAGAGCCCAGGGCUGCCCCUGGGCGCAGCAGCAGCAGGCAGCGGCCUUCCCAGUGUCAGGGAACUGCUGUGUUUCUGAUUCUUCUGCCUCUAGUCAACAUAUCCCUUGUGCUGAAACCAGUUUGUAGAGGACUUGCUAAUAAAUUAGUCUGUUAUACA